UUUAUGGUGUCUGAUAGAGCCGUUGCCAACCGCAAGCGAAUCUCGCGCAUCGCCACCAAGGGAUAUGGCUGAAGUUGUGGAAGAACAGCUGCCUGCGGUGCCUGAGCAGGAGGAGGAGGAGGAGGAGGAUGCAGGUGCCCCCGUGGUGGAGGAAGAGGAGGCAAGGGCUGGUGAAGGUAGGGAGAGACGAGGCAAUGGCCACGAACAAGGGGAAGAAGGUAAUGAGGCCGCUGACGCUGACGUGAACAGCAUCGGCUCCUUCAGCAGUGACAGCCGCCGCAGCUCUGUGAACAGCAUCGGCAGCAUACCCAGUGACUCUGGCAAUGCAGGGGAAGCUGACAAUGAAGCAGCAACAGCAAAGCCAGAUGUCGCUGCUGCAACGCGUCGCAGCGGUUCAAGCCAACGGCAACAACAACAACAACAACAGCAGCAGCAACAGCAGCAACAGCAGCAGCAACAAACACAGCCGCAGCAAACGAAACAAACACUGGUGCAAGCCGUCCUCGCUUCGCAAGCAAAGCCGGCACCAAAGCAGAAGCGGCUGUCGGUAGCAGAGAUGAAACAGCAGCGGCAAGAGCGUCUCAACCUCAUCAAGCGAUUUGGCUUGCCGGAGGAUGCGGUCGACAGCGAUGACGCGGACGAGGUGGAGGAUCGGGUUGAUUCUGACGAGGCGGAGGAAGAGGCCAUCAGGGAAGAGAUGCGCGAGAUCAGGGCCAUGUAUGGCAUGCCCGACGAUGAUGACAAGCCCGUGCCAGAGGAAAUUGUGGACGAGAGCCUACAGAUCGACGAGGAAUACUGCGAAACAGACCUUGAACUGGAAUACUCUGAUGACGACUUUACCGAACACGAUGCUGCCAGCCUGUAUCAAGCAGCAUGCAAACGACUUCAGGUGUUGCCGAGCAACAAGUACAUACGCAUCUGCCACAGGCCUGAUAUUUGCCUCCGACACGAAGCCUUUCCCGCUCUCCACUGCCAAGCGCUGGCUGCUGGCCUCGAGGUGUCGUUGAACUUGGUGUCACUCGACCUUUCUGAUUGUCGAAUGGAUGACAACGGCAUGGCCGAACUUCUUCCCAUCCUCAACACACUCGACGCACUGCGCACACUGAACCUGUCGCGGAACACCAUUGGGCCGUUGAGUGCCGAGUGCAUCAGUGAUCUCAUUGCCCGCAACUCCGCCCUCCGCUCCCUGGACCUCAGCCACAUGUGCCUGGACGAUACGCACCUUGCGACGAUCAAGCCGUCGCUUGAGGAAACAGUGACGCUCGCCUCCCUCAAUCUCUCCGGCAACAAGAUUGACGAGUUCGGCGGCAUUCACCUUGGCGAGGUGGUGAGCCGCAACACAUCCAUCGAAGUGCUCGAUGUCAGCUGGAACGCCAUCCGUCUCCGCGGCGCUAUGGCCAUCAUGGAUGCAUUCAAGUCAAACUCCUCCAUCCACACCCUCUACAUUGGGUGGAAUGGGAUUGCCGACUACGGGGCGCUUGUGCUGAGCGAAGCGCUGAAACAGAACACGACGCUGCGAGAGGUCGAUCUGACCAACAACCGCAUCACACUCGACGGCUGCAAGAGCCUCGCCUCGGUGCUCAAGUCUGAUAACCGCACGCUGGAAGUGCUGCUGAUUGCGCUCAAUCCCAUCACCAACGAGGGCGCGACGGAGCUUGUUGAGGCCGUGGUGGAGAACCCAACGCUGCGGACCAUCGACGCGACGCGCGUUCCAGUAUCGCAGGAGCUGAUGGACCGCGUGGAGGAGAUGACACGCCCCUCGGAGGAACUUGUGUCCGCUCGCCAGGACCUGGUCACCAAGGAGGAGGACCUCAAGCAGGCGCAGAGGCGUGUUGAGCGCUUGCAAUAUGUUGAAGAGCAGUUUCAGAACGCACACGAGCGCCACGAGAACACAGACAACCACCACGAGCAAGUGGUGACGUUUGCGUUUCAGGAGGAGAUGCAGAAACACCUCUAUCGCACCAAGUCAAGCGAGUGCACAGAUCUCCUCGAGAAAUACCGGUACCAGCGGAAAGUGGCGCAGACGUUUGCACAUCCGCGCACAAAAGUUCUCUCCACGCACGAGGCCGUUGUGAAAUACAUCAAAGCCCACGAGAAGGCGCUCGCUGCGUUCCUGCAGUCCAAAGGCGAUGUACAGCUGAUUGACAGCGUGGGCGGCCCUCGUUUCGCCGCGUGUCUUGAAUCGUACACUCGUGUGCGCGCCCGACACCCCAAGGACAACAUCAAAGCGGUUCAGACUGCACGUCGCACGUCAAUGGCCCUGCACACGGCCGACGGCAGCGGCGAUGAAGACACCUCUGCAAACCACGUCCCGCCAGAAUACGAUGACCUUGCUAUUUUCGACAUUGCAUGCAACGCUGCGUUGAAGGCGGCAAUGAAGAACGACAAGGACAUGCACGCAAUCACGGAGGCCGCACAGAAGGCCCUCAAAGAUUACGCCAUGUCUUCCUCGAGCCACCAUGAGGACCUCGUCACACACAUUGCACAGCUCUCCCGGACACAGGCCGUCAUCACGCGGACAGCGGCCGAGGGCGCUGAUGCCAUCAAACGCGACAUCGAAGCGGCACAAAAAGCCGUCAAGGCCGCCGAGGACAAGGUCGAGCGUGUGUUUGAAAGCGACGUUGCGAGCGGAAAGCGUCCAAACCUCUCCGUCACCGUGGAUGAGGGUCGCUGUCACCAAGUGAAGACGAGUACAGAUCCCUGGUUCAUCUUUGAAGAAUAUCUCGAACGCCACAACUUGCGUCUGAUUGAUCUGUUCAAGCGCUUUGACAAGAACAACGACGGCAACAUCACGCGCGAAGAGUUUAUCCAAGGCGUGAAGGUGAUUGGCGUUCAGUUGGAUGAAGCGCAGAUCCAGUUCCUGCUCGAUUCCCUCGACGAAGACAACGACGGCCUCGUCGACUACCACGAAAUGAACAACAAGCGAACGGCGAUCAAGACCGCACAGGCGGAGAAGUUUAUCAAGGAUCAAGAGUUCCUGAAUCGCGCCAAGAGUUCGCAGAUUGGGAAAACGGCACUGAAGGACGUCACCGUGAAGGUUGAUCUCGUUGGACGCACCGGUGGCGGUUUGCACAUUCGCCGCAAUGAUGACAGCGAUGACGACUGA